CCAACCCGCCUGAGCUGGACAUACAGUGGGACAAAGAAGACUGAAUUUCUCAUACACAGUGUUUCCAUCUCCAGCUGGAAAACCAGAAGGUGACAGACAGAACUAGGGUGAGCAUGACAUCAUUUAUGCCACAAGCCCUGUCACCCCAAUUCCACACAAUGGGCCAGGAAUCCCAAGAGUGCAGCCUAUACAACGACAACUUCUACUGCCCUCCGCCUUUGCCGAGCCCACAGCAGACCUUGCCAUCUGCCAGUGACCUGGUGGACUAUGCCCCCCCGUCCCCCAACCCUUAUUUGUGGUUCACUAGCCCUGGACUGAAUGCUGCGCCCAACUUUGGAGGAGGGCCCCAGCCCUACGGCAUGCAGAGACCCUAUCUUGGUGCAGGAGGAAUGGGGGGUACAGAAGGGAGUUUCAGCUGGUUUCCUUUGCCUUCUCAAGAAGACCUGAUGAAACUUGUUAGACCACCAUAUUCUUACUCAGCUCUGAUUGCCAUGGCAAUAAACGGCGCCCCAAAUCGCAGGCUGACGCUCAGCCAAAUCUAUCAGUAUGUAGCGGAUAACUUCCCUUUCUACAACAAAAGCAAGGCUGGCUGGCAGAACUCCAUUCGUCACAAUCUUUCACUCAACGAUUGCUUCAUGAAGGUGCCAAGGGAUGAUGAUGACCCAGGAAAGGGCAAUUACUGGACUCUUGAUCCAAACUGUGAGAAAAUGUUUGAUAAUGGCAACUUCCGUCGCAAGAGAAAGAGAAAAUCAGAUUCCCUGGCUGAAGAAGAGGGAAAAGGCUACAUAGAAACAGAUUCCACUGCGUCCAGCCCAAAAGACCAGACUAACACCAGUCAUGAAUCCGAGAGAGGACCCUCUCCAGUUUCAGCAGGCGCACGUGCCCCCUGCCUUAAUGGCUUCUUGUCUCAGAUGAAUGAAAUGGUCUCGGGUUCAAGUGCAGUGCUCCCCCCUAUGCCACUGGGUGUGUCUUUGGACACUCAAAGAGUCUCUUCAGCUGGGGGUUUCGGCUCAUACUCACCAAGUUCUUCAGUACCACAAUGGGAGGCACAGGUUUCUCCUCCUCCUCAAACAAGCAUCUCUUCCUCACCUUCUCACUACACAGGCAGCUACAGUGACUCAAUCCUGAGUCAGUUCAGUAGCAAUCUCUACCCAGGCCUGGACUCUGCUGGCAUGGUGUAUCCACGGGAAGGCCCUGACGUAUAAACAAGGAAUCGAAGUGUGUUUUCCACCUGGCACUUGACAAAACAGUUGGUUAAAACAGUUACCUAAAUUUCCACAGUGUUGGCUGAGUCAGCAUAUCCAGCAAACUCGAAUGGACCUAUCCCCCCUUACCCCUAUUCACCUCGCUGUGUUAAUGCUCACACACUUGGCUCUCAUCCCCAACUACUGAUAGCAUCUCAUUUCAGAUUAUGGCUAAGUAUUUUUGAUGUGCUUAUGAUUUUUUUUUCUUGUAAAAUACUUCGUGUAUGAACCAUUUUGUUGUAGUAUAUUCACUGCGCUGACUGUAAUGUACUUGUGG